AGCGGAGCAAAGGCAGCGAAAGAUUAUUUCAACUCACUCACUCACUGACUUUCCCUACAACAUCAACACAAUAUCUUGCAAGCACGGUCAAGCAGGAGCCAUAAUGAGUACCAGCCAGGAGGAUAGACCCUUUGUUAGGGCUGUGAGGAAGAUCAAAUGUGCCGCCAUGGUCCACAGUCUUGCCAAGAGCUGGCAGGGCUGGGCCAACGAGAACGUGGUCAAACAAGAGACCAUACCCUCCGGGUGGAUGCCCACCUCCAUCAUUGAUGAUGAAGAAAGGGAGAAGCAGAACGAGACAAAAAUCCUAGUCAAGACACGUGUGGUCGAGGCGGACACCGACAGCGGCAGUCUGAUCCGAACGGGUGAGGUGACCAAGAGCCACAUGCCAAAGUACAGUGAGUACAGCACUGACCUGGUAUGCUCAAUCAAGGACAAGAUUCAGAUGGCACCUGAGGAUGCCAACAAGCCCUUCCUGGGCAACAAGUCACCCACCCGGAGACGCCUGGGUGUGAGAGCUAAGGUACAUCUGGGUAGUCAGGAGCGGAAGAUGGGCUCCCGUAGCAGCAGCCUGGACACAGAGGACAGCGGGUUGGGGGAGGAGGCCGGACUCAGCGACAACAGCGACCAGAGUGACCUGAACCAGCUGAAGAAACAGAUCAAUAGGCCCAAGAUUAGAGUCACCACCAUGGGUGACAUCAAGAGCAGGUGGCAGCAGUGGUCCCAGCAGCACGUAGAGGGUCAGAAGCUCAACCCCUUCAGUGAGGAGUUUGACUAUGAGCAUGCCAUGGCCCAGCGGUUGCAGAAGGGUGAUGAAGGCUACGGACGCCCCAAAGAGGGAUCCAAGACGGCCAUGCGUGGCGACCGAGCCCAGAAACAUGUGUACAAAGAGAUGGAGGAGUUGUGCUGGAUCGUCAAGGACAUGGGCCUCAAGGACAAGAACGGCAAAUCCUACAUCACUUUCGGCAGGCUGUUUGACCGCUAUGUCAAAAUCUCGGACAAAGUGGUGGGCAUAGUUUUGCGCUGCCGUAAACACAAAAUGCUUGACUUUGAGGGAGAGAUGCUGUGGAAAGGCCAGGAUGACCAUGUCGUCAUUACUCUGAGAGAUGUGAAAGAAGACUGAACCUGCAGAUGAGCUAGACUUUGACCUACACCUCUCUCCUCACAUUUUACCUAGACCCACAAGUGCCUUUCAUAUUCUGACCAGCCACAGUUCAGGAGUAGAUGUCUUUAGCAUUCUAACCAUGAUAACCACUGGUCAUCAGUUCAACCUCAGUAGGAUAUUCUAAACACACUGCAGGCCAUUACAAAAAAAUUAUGUGACAAAAGAAAGUGAGAAAAAAAUGUGGUUUGUGGACACAAUAGUGAUGCGUGGGUUGACUCAAAACCCGCAGUCCAUGCGGUUAUAAAAAGAGAAAACAAUACAUUAAAAAAUCCAUAAAUGUAUAACUCUUGUGAAAUGUAUAUCUAUAGGCUACACUGAGUUUUUUCUUUAAUAAUUUUUUAAGCUAUCUGGCAUUAGUGUGUAAGCCUAAGCUUUAGGACCUAACUGUUCGUGCUCCAAAUAGCCUACCCUCCAUUCGCCAAAUGCUUUUGGUAAUGGGCAGAAAGAGUUCAUGUUGAUCCAUUGAUUAAAUAAGAGAAACGUUUGCGAAAAUGAAGAGUUGAAAAUAAAGAAGUGGUAAAAAAAUUGG